AUGGAGAGUACACGGGUAUUUGUCUCUGGCCUCCCGCCGACAUUAUCCAAUGAACAACUGAAGAAGCAUUUUGCAACUCGCUUCCUGGUUACAGACGCCCAUGUCUUGCCGAAACGCAGAAUUGGGUUUGUGGGUUUUAAAAGCCCCGAAGUAGCCCAACAAGCUGUCUCUUAUUUCAAUAAGACAUAUAUGAAGAUGUCAAAGAUCUCAGUAGACAUUGCUAGAUCUAUUGAUGCAGAACCUGAUGUUUCUCACAAAUUUGGCAGGAAUAGUAAAUCUUCCGCCGCCAGUGACUCGACAGGAAGUGCGCUCAAGCGUAAACGGGACGGUGAUAACAUCCAACAAGAUCCCAAACUGCAAGAGUAUCUCUCCGUAAUCCAGCACCCCUCAAAGACCAAAACAUGGGCAAAUGAUGAUCAAAUACCCAUUCCUAUUGAACAAAACUCACCCUCGGAUGAACAGCCUGUUGAUGCGGAUGAGACCCCUCAAGAGUUGACCUACGCCCAGAGAAAGAGGGCGAAACUGGCUGACAACCAAGGAGAGAGCCCACAUGUUCUUGGGGAUGCUGGCGAUCUACCAAUGCCUGAUCAAGACCAAGUACAACCUGAAGAAGAGGAGGCCGAGAAAAAUGAAGGGGAGCAGAACGGUCAGACGGAGGAGGCACCGGUAUCAGACUCUGAUUGGCUUCGCUCAAAAACAAGUCGUCUCCUCGGCCUGCUUGACGAAGAUGAACAGGCCGCUUUUGAGCCUACAAUGCAAGAGUCGAGUAGUGCUGCUGCCGUGGGUUCAACCAACGAGGUCACGAAGGUGGACAAUGUCGCCAGCUCUCCGAAGCCUGAUUCACAAAAAGCGCCUGCAGCACCAGAAGUGGACACAAAUAUCGAAACUAUCCGCAUAUCUGCCCGCCUGUUUGUGAGGAAUCUUUCUUAUGAUACGACAGAGUCAGAUCUUGAGCCGAUCUUCGCACCUUUCGGCAAAAUUGAAGAGAUUCACGUCGCCUUCGAUACUCGAUUCACCACCAGCAAAGGAUUUGCAUACAUCCAGUACUCUGAUCCUGAGGCGGCUGUAGAAGCCUAUAAGAAUCUCGAUGGAAAGCAUUUUCAAGGGCGUUUGCUCCAUAUUCUGCCCGCCUCUGAAAAAAAGACAUAUAAAUUGGACGAGCACGAGCUGUCGAAGCUACCACUGAAGAAACAAAAGCAAAUCAAGCGAAAGCAGGACGCCUCUUCUGCAGCUUUCAGCUGGAAUUCGCUUUAUAUGAAUGCUGAUGCAGUCAUGUCUUCGGUGGCUGAACGACUUGGUGUUUCCAAAGCUGAGCUGUUGGAUCCGACUUCUGCGGAUGCCGCAGUGAAGCAAGCUCAUGCAGAAACGCACGUAAUCCAAGAAACAAAAGCCUAUUUCAGAGCCAAUGGCGUGAACCUCGACGCCUUUAAACAACGAGAGCGGGGUAAUACCGCCAUCUUAGUAAAGAAUUUUUCGUAUGGCACAAAGACCGAAGAUCUUCGGAAACUUUUUGAGCCUUACGGACAACUUACAAGGUUACUGAUGCCUCCGACUGGCACAAUAGCUGUUGUGGAGUAUGGAAGGCCGGAUGAAGCGCAAAAGGCUUUUAAAGGUCUGGCAUAUCGGAAAUUGGGAGACUCAAUCCUCUUCCUAGAAAAGGCACCAAAGAAUCUGUUUGAAGGGACAGCAACACCGCAAAACCCAACACCAGAAACUAAAACCGUUGCCCAAGGCUUCUCAACUGCGGACACUUUUGCAGCGGAAGAAGCUGAUGACAGCCUGGCCACUUCAACGCUGUUUAUCAAGAACCUCAAUUUCUCUACGACCAAUGAUAAACUGGUGGAAGCGUUUCGGCCGCUGGAUGGCUUCGUAUCCGCCAGAAUUAAACUUAAACCUGAUCCUAAAAAUCCGGGACAGACCCUCAGCAUGGGCUUCGGCUUCGUCGAGUUUAAGACGAAAGCACAAGCUCAGGCAGCCCUUGCUGUAAUGAAUGGCUACACACUGGAGCGGCACGCUUUGGUGGUUAGGACGUCUCAUAAGGGCAUGGACGCAGCCGAGGAGCGAAGACGUGAAGACACAGCAAAGAAAAUUGCUGCACGAAGAACCAAGAUUAUUAUUAAGAACCUACCGUUUCAGGCCACGAAAAAGGAUGUCAGGUCGUUAUUUGGGGCCUAUGGUCAGCUCCGCUCUGUGCGGGUUCCUCAGAAGUUCGACCGCUCGGCUCGUGGUUUUGGUUUCGCCGACUUUGUAAGCGCUCGUGAAGCGGAAAAUGCCAUGGACGCGCUCAAGAAUACGCAUCUCUUGGGCAGAAGAUUAGUAUUGGAAUUUGCAAACGAGGAGGCCGUCGAUCCUGAACAGGAGAUCGAGAGGAUUGAAAAGAAAGUAGGGGAGCAGCUGGACAGGGUCAAGCUCCAGAAGCUCACGGGAACUGGGCGCAAGAAGUUCAUCGUAGGGGCCCAGGACGACGAAAACUAG